AUGCGAGAGAAGUUGAUGAUGAUAGCUGCGGUUCUGCUUAUUUCAAUUCUGACGGCGAAUUUGAAUACAGCUUCCGCAAAAAAUGUUCCCGAAAAUGUUGACAAAUUGGUAUCAUAUUUCAAUAAUCUAGCAUUUUCAUCGGAUGUGCAGUUUGUCCGGGCAGAUAGGCCUAUAUACGAAGACCCGAUGACUGUUAUCGAAAAUCUUCGUGGUGUCGCCCGUAUUGUAGCGGCGAUAACUCUACAGAAUGGUCUUUCCGAUGGAUCGAUAUCAAUCGAGAAUGCUACCGUUGAACUGAUGAAUUUUGAUAUCCCCCUAUCAGAUUUGAAGAAAUUUGACAAGAAGAAAAUGGAUGAUUUUGUUGAUAAACUGGUAGAGAUGAAGAAUAAAAUGAGCAAUGGAUCGGAGAAAGCUGAAGAUGCGUUUAUCAAGUUGCAUGAAAUCCGUGAGCAAUGGAGAGAACAUUCUGUGAAGAUGAAGGAUUUUCCAAAGAACUUAUCAGCAUUGGAGGGUCUCAAAAAAUGGAACACCGAUGUGUUCAAAAAAGUGGAUAUCGAUAAAGUGAGCAACAUGAAGAAAGAGUCGGAGAAAGAUUACAAAGCUCUCGAGACGGCAUUGACAGCUUUGAUGAGUGAAAUAUCGAGUUUAACCAAACCUUUUGAUACGGUACCUGCUGAAGCAUUGUUGAGAAAUCUUAGCCAUUUGGAGGAGUUUGUUGAUAUUAUGGGACAGUUGAACACGGAUCCAUUCAUUGCUUUAAACGGUUUUACACGUUUAAAAAAAUAUUUUGGAGACAAUUCAAAAGUUGUUGGUGAGAUACCGAUUGGUGGCGGAGACAGACAGGAUUCAAAAAUGUUGGAUGCUAUUUCGAAGUCUCUGUUGGCUAUUCACAAAAAAGAUGCACGCCUUGUCACCACUGGCUUCAUAAACGGCUUCAAUGACCUGGGACAACUAGAAAAGGACUUAGAGAAUCCUUGGAUUCUAACCGUACUCGAUCCCUUGUAUAAUCUCAAUGGAACAAAGUCUGUCACACGUUUCAAGUCACCAAUCGAGAAGUUUCAUGAAAGUUGGAACAGUUUAACGGUCAACGAUCACUACAGAGCGGUGAAAAAGAUUCUGAAGAUUCAGUUUAUGUUUGAGGAGGUUUCAAUCCAGAAUGCAUUGGAUUUUGGAGCAACAGUUGCCUCAAAAUUGGAUUCCUGCCAAACACUUCGUAAACAGGACACUACUUUUUUGAAGACGGCUGCUUCAAAUAUUCAAAAUAUAUAUUCGAAAGUUAUGGCUCUACACAAUCUUCAAAAGAUUUCUGGGAAUUAUUCUAUCUUUCUCAAACAAAACAUGAUUGCAGAAACCAUCAACUACUUAAAAGAGAACCUUGACAAUCUAAAAAAGGAUAUUAACUGGAAAACGACUGUGGAAGAGAUAACAAAUGAAAUUUCAACUGAAUCCGCGCAGGCAAUUAUCGAUUACACGACACAUCUGAAUUGCCUUAUCAAGUUGGAAGGUCCAUUCAAAGAAGUUGCCACUGCAUCCCGCGUUUUCAAAACUAUGAGAUCCCUCAACAUUAGCGCUGAACUCGCCGCCAACUUCAAGAAAGUCUCAUCUGCAAUGGCUGUGUCCAUUGAAAAGGUUCCUGAGAUCUUAGCAGCUGGAAAAAUGAUAAAGGAGGAUCAGAGCUCGGAAGUUCGAGAAUUGAAGAAAAUGCUUCUACUGAGAAACCACUCGAGAACCUUCGGACAUGUCUCAAUGUUACUUCAGACUGUCAAACUGGCGAUUAGUAAAGAUACGAGUAUCUUCAACACUUUUGUCAACGACGGGGAACAGAUUGCAGAGGUCUCGAAGCUCAAGGAAUUUCAGAGUACCCGCCAAGAGAUAUUAGAGUUUAUCAAGAAUGCGAUUGCCUGGAAGAACGGGAUGAAAGUUAACCAAUCGUCGAGACUCUAUGCAUAUGGACACCAUUUGGCAGCCUUGAGCAAUUUGAAUGACGUGGAUCUUCACACGGAGAUGUUAUUGGAGAUUGUGGAGAAACUGGAGGAUUCUGGAGAUGCGACUAUUAAAAAGAAAUGUGAAAAUCUGAUGAUGUCACUGAGAAAGAUGUCGGGGAUGGAGUUGAAGUUCUCAAAGUAUUCAAGUGAGUUGAAGGAGAUGCCGAGGGAUAUGAUGGAUAUGCUACGAAUCUUCUCGACACCGACAAAUGAGCCUCCAGAAAAGGUUGACCAUGUUGGAAUAUCAAUUUUCUGGAUUACCCUGAUAUGUGUCGGAGCGUUAGUCUUCGUCGCCGCAAUCUACUUUUGCUUUUUCGAUUGGCGUUUUCCAAUCUAUAAACUCCGUCAGAUGUUCAAGAAGCCAGUGAUGAAGACCGCCCGCGAGGGUAAACCACCACCCGGUGGGUUCCCGAAUCAGCAGAAAAGUGUUGGACCAGAUGGACGGGAGAUUCGAGAGAAGAGAAAGAAAAAGGAUGAUUCUGAUUAUGAGAUGCCUCCACCACCUCCACCACCUCCAACGGCUAAGGAUGAUAAGGCUCCGCCUACUAAAGACAAUGCUGUACCUGAAAAGAAGAACGUGUCUGAUGGUAAGAAGAAGCCAUCAGUAACGGACAAAAAGGAAGAUACGAAAAUGGUUGUGGAGAAAGUCGAUGAAACGAAGACACCUCCCAAUGCCUCCGCACCUGGCUCCUCAACACUACCAUCAACUUCCAAAGCUGACACACCAUCAUCACCUCCUCCGCCUUCCAAGCCAAUCCCAAAGCCACCAGCAGCACCGUCUAAAGUUAAUCUUCCUCCACUUGCCACCAAAAAAGCGACUGGAGAACGUACCCGAGAUUCUGGAGAUGUGAAGACACGGACGACACAGGAGAAGACGAGACCGACAUCCACGAAAGAUGAGGAGAGUACGAAUGAGGAGAAAAAUAAGAAAAAUAAGAAAAAAGUGGACACUCUGGCGGCUGAUACAACGAGCUCGACUAAUUUGGUGAAGACUCGCUCUGCCGAUACGCAGAAAUUCACUGUGGACAAUCGAAAAACGUUGGAUGAAGUGCCGAAUCCUGAGUGGGAUAAGAAGUUCGAGCCGCCUAACACCAGUGAGCCCCCACCGCCGCUACCACACAAAAAGGAGAAAGCGAAGAAAGCUGAGAAAUAA